AGUCCUAAAGGCUUCUACAAAGACUCUCUAAGUAGCACUGCAUCUUCAUCCAUUCAUCUUCCGAGACUGAGAAGAGCAGCCAUGAUAAGGAUGCAGCGGCGCCCGCACAGCUUUUUGGUCCUCCUCAUCGUGGUCUUCAUCGCCGGUAUGGCCCUGUCUGGUCCCUCCACACCACGGAGAAGCAGAGUCAGACGCCAGAACAUGAAGGUCCGCAUCAACGCUACAGGAGACACCAUUGUGAUGAAGUUUGUUCGCCCCAACACCGACACCAAACUGGAGGGCUACAUCCUGGGCUACGGCAGCAGCAUGUUCUCCAAACAGUUCAUUCCCCUGCCAGAGAACGGACAACCUUACGAAACUGAGUUUGACGCUGAGCCCAAGUACCUUAUCGCAGUCCAGCCCAUUCCCACCAAUGAGGUCAAAAAGCACUGCACAGGUAAAGUGGAACUGGAGAAACCACUUCACUUGGUCAUCGGGUCGGUGACGCCCACCUCAGUACUGUUGUCCUGGGGGACGAUGCUGAAGACCCCCUAUGAAGGGAACAUUAUGAAUGAGUGUCUGGAGGACGGACACUACACGGUGCGUUAUCGGGAGAGGAACAGGAAGUGGAACUACCAGACCUGCCCGACGAGCGACACAGUCAUUGACCAUCUUAAACCCAAUGCAGUUUACGAGUUCGGAGUCCAACCCAGCUCUAAGGACAAGACCGGGUCGUGGAGCAAGCCAGUGAUUCAUAACAUCAGCUCUGGCCGUAUCGAAGAAAAAGUCAUUAGGAAAAUCUUCAAACGUCCUAUUAGCCCUGUGAAACCCAUCGGGCAAGGUCCACAUUUCCCCUUUGUCCCUCGUCAUGUGCUUCACAAUAAGACGCAGGGCAGACUGCCCCUCCCACGCAACAUAACCCCAAAGACCACAACAACAACAACAACUCUUGCUCCCACCACAACUACUAGACAGGAACCCUUGUCUACCUCUGGACCCGCAUUGCCUGCGACCACCAAACAGCCAUUCGGAGGAGGCCUCUUCAAAUCUGUCAUCCCUCUUUCCCGUGAGCUACCCUUAGUUCCUCUUUUUCCACCUCCGCUUCAAAUUCCAGCAACUACACCUUCUGUACCAGUCCCAAGGCAAAACGGUGGACAAUCUCCCCAAUCCCAAGUCCCAACUCCAUUAAACCUCCACCAACCGCCACCGCAAUCCAAGCCCAGAUCCCUACCAUCUAAGCCAAGUUCUAAAGAAAAGUCUGUAUCCCAAUAUGUACCAAAUUCAGAGCCACCUCUUCAGCCUGUAACUUAUACACUAAUUCCAAAACAUCACCAACAAACAUCCAGGCUCAAACCUCAGUCCGACACCAGAUCACCAACGAAGACUCAGACCAAAUCAAAACCCCAGACAAAGCCACAACCUGUAUCUCUGCUUCAACUCCAGCCUAAGACACCACAUCUUCAUCCAACAAUGCUAAUCAUACAACAAUCGAAAAAAGUUAAGGCAAAUCUAAAAUCAUCUCAACCCACAAAGGAGCAACUACCACCAAGGCGAAAAAUACAAACAAAGGAAAUCUUACCUAAACAACCAUCCCGGUCUACAGUAGACAGACAAGUUGAAACACAAUCUCAACCCAUGAUCCAUUUUCAGACCACAUUCCAACCCUAUGCCCGACUAUCAAACACCCCAGAGUCUCUAACAAAACCUUAUACAGUUUGGUCUGGUUCUUUAAGCCCCACAGAACAUCCUUUAUCCGGGCCCAAAACACAGCCAGAUCAGCCAGCCAAGUCCAACAAACCCAUAAUCAGAAGCAGUACCCAACCACAAACUUUAGCCAGGACCCAAUGGCAGCUCCAGUCCCCUUCCUUUGUUUCAACCCCUCCUUCCCAACCCACACCUUCAUCAACAGCCUAUAGUUUGCCCCCAUCUGAAUCCCAACUGAAGGCAAAUCCUGCCCAAGCAGAAGUGCAACCUGGAAUUCAGUUUCCACCUCUGGGUAGGACUCAUUCUGGUCCCAUCGAGGUCAUUCCACUGCAGGCAGUCCCUACUGCUCCUCCUCGUACAGCAGAGAAGGGCAACCCUCUACCAAUACCAGCCCUGGACGCAGAAGAGGCUAAUAGUUACCAUCUUGGUAACUGGAAGAGAGCGGAAGGCUCUCCUGUAAGCUCCUCGGCCGCUCCGGCGGGAAGAAACACAACGUUUUCACGUGUCCGAGUUCCACCUCACUUCACUCGCAAUGGCGGCAGAUCGUUCUCCACCUCCUCCCACAGCAUCUCCAGGACACCUGGGGCGCAUCAUAGGAGCAAUGCUCUCCCUAAGCCUGGAGCGUGGCCCAAAGACAGACCUGUUCUGCGCCCUUCUGUUCCCGUCAACAAGAGACCCAACCUGGUGGGAAAGCCUAAUGACCACAAUAAACCCAUGGACCUCAAACAAGGAGAGAAGGAGUCCAUCCUGAAACCUUUCCCUAUGGUCACGUCCAAGCCUAAGCAGGAGCGCAGACAUCAGACCACCACCACUGCCCCGUUUUUAAACAGCAGCCGUUUUGACAUCAAUGAAAACUCCUCCAUAUUUAGGCCCCUGCCCGCGUCAGAUGUGGACUUUAUGGGCAAGAAGCGUUACGUGGCUCCCCACGUCGUCUACAAAACAGACAAGAAGCCAGACGAGCCGUGCUCCAUCACUUCUUCCCUGACUUACUUCCCCGACGAGGAGGAAGGCGGUGAUCAGAAUGUAACGGCACCCCCCCGCAUACCGCCCUCCAACCUCACCGUGGUCACCGUUGAGGGGUGCCCUUCUUUUGUCAUCCUCGACUGGCAGAAGUCCGACAACGAAACCAGAGAGUAUGAAGUUGUGUCCACUGCCAAAGGACCCAAUGGAGAGGAAGUGUCCAUAUUGACGACGACAAACCAAACGCACACAGCGGUGGAGAAUUUAAAACCAGAGAGCAGUUACGAAUUCAAAGUCACACCGAAGAACGAGCUGGGAACAGGACCAUCCAGUGAUGCAGUGUCGUUUAACACGGAGUCAGCGGACCCACGAGUGAGUGAAAACGUUUCAGGAAAGGAUGCAAUCUGGACACAGUUCCCGUUUAAGGCAGACGCCCACUCGGAAUGCAACGGGAAGCAAUAUGUGAAGAGGACUUGGUACCGAAAAUUUGUGGGCAUCCAGCUGUGCAACUCCCUGAGAUAUAAGAUCUACCUUAGCGACUCCCUCAAUGGGAAGUUCUACAACAUUGGUGAUCAAACGGGUUACGGCGAGGACCACUGCCAGUUCGUGGACUCCUUCCUGGAUGGACGGACCGGAACGCAGAUGUUUGCAGACCAGUUACCAUCCAGGCCAGGCUUCUUCCGGGCGUUGAGACAAGAGCCGGUCAGCUUCGGCGAGAUCGGCGGAAAGUCGCAUGUGACUUACGUGGGCUGGUACGAAUGCGGCACACCCAUCCCCGGCAAGUGGUAAGCCCCAACCUCCUCAAGGCCCUUCAAGGAACGAGCUCCCAAGAAGUUUUCCGGAAGAAGAGUGUGGAAAAAAGUCUGACCUGUUGGGGAGUUGGGCCCUCUUUUUUGCGCUAAAUACCAUAGACACUGUCGACUUGAAGAUGGUGUCUAUCAAGGUAUGAAUGUCUUCAGGAAACAAAACCCUGAUUGUUGUAUAAAGUGCAGAUGAACGAGUGACCAAACAAUGUAAAAUAUGUUGGGAAGCUGGCUCCCAAAAUGUUUGUAUGAUACUAUUUAUCAAGAGAUUGUUACAAGAUAAAA